AUACUAUUGCUAUUGCUAUUUUAUACAAUCUAAUAACAACUAUUAAAUCAGAAUUAUCAACAAAUAAGAACCUAGAUUUGAAAAAUGCACUUCUUUUUAGUGAAUUUAUUGGUAGUGAUGAGUUCAAAUAUAAAGAUAAUGAUUAUAAUGAUGUAUUUAGUAACGAAACUAUGAGUUAUAUGUCUGGAAGUUAUGAUAAAAACAAUA